GUGAUUUCGGGUUGUCUUUGAUAGCGGACGGAUUGGCAACAGGACAUACAUCGUCGGGGCCUGCAUUUACAUUGCGUUAUUGCGCCCCAGAGAUUGUGGACAGCGGUGUCAAGACGACAUCCGGUGAUAUUUACUCCUUUGCCUGCAUUUGUGCCAUGCCCCUUCCCUUCACUCAAGAAUGAUGCCCAAUUAUUGGAUGCGUUAAGAUUCGGCCGUCCGCCUUGGGACUGGAAGCAAUCCUCUCCAGUGGAGGAAGUACUAUCCAGUUGUUGCGCAAUUUCUCCUGACGCACGACCGACGAUGCGGAAGGUCUUUCGAUUGCUCGUGGACACCUGCGCUGAGCAAAACUCAUUAUCAAUCCUCAAGAUAUCCGAACCUAAACCGUUGCCGCCCUCACGCACCGACAGCUCAGUGGAUUCAUUCCUUAAACAAGAUGGAGACCGCGAAGAUAUGCUAAUGACAUCCUACUUGGCUCUCCCUCCCUCAAUGUCGCAGCCUGAACAAUCUCCUUCACAUCAAGAGCAUGCACUCACGCCAAACGGACGUAGUACUGUCAACGAAGAGUCCUUAUAUCUGGGGGGGGACUUCAAUCCUAACAUCAUAGCCGAGGAAUCAGUUAUGGAGAUCAAUCCCGAUCGUGUUGGUGAAUCAAGGGUGCCCUAUCCUGGGCAAUCUGCCCCUGGUACACCCCUCCAACCGUCCUCUAAUGAUUACCAUUCAUCAUCGUCGCUUCUCCUUCCUAAAUGGAACAUUGGUGUCCUUGAUAUGACAUCCAGCAAAUCCGCUUUUUAUGACAAUCCUGCAAACCUCAAUGCACAGCCAAUGGAGACGCCUGACUUGCCCUCUAAGGUGUUAAGAUCCCUCCCAGCUCUCGCAUUGAAGCCUUCGAAACCAACGGAAAUGCGAAAACGAACCGACGAAGAUGAUGAAGAUGGCCCAAGAAUGAGACAUGCAAGUGGUCAUGCACCUGGACCACAUGCGUUUGAAUAUGACGAGAAUGUGGACGAAAAGUCACUGGCAUCGAUGCUAGUCAUCAUCAAUCGGGCCCCAGUCAUGACAGCUUGGGCGGCUGUUGUGGCGGAAAGGCUGAAAUUUACUCGAGCGGAGGCCCUGAGCAUUGCUUCAGUGUAUGCUGAAAAGAAUGCCUCUUCAAAGGGUGUCGCGCUUGGCAUUUUCCACAAAGAUAAGGACUCCGACUUUGAAGGGGGUUCCACGCAACCUUAUAUCGAAUUAAUGGGCCGAAAACCUGUAAUGAAGACCGAUGCGGGGGAAUGGCGCGGGAUCGUGAAAGGAGAGGCUGCAGAGCCCGAAAUGGCAUAUAGAUAUAUCCAACGAUCAUUCAAGCACUUGAUGGGUUCUGUUAUUGGUUCAAUGCAGCUUUUACAAGAGUCAUAUUCACCGGAAGAGUUGAACAAGAACGGCUACGAUCUUUACUCCCAAUUUCGACCGGGACAGGGUGGGUGGGGCCAACGAGGCGAGAUGAGGAUGCAAACGUUACUGGAUCUGCGGCGUCAGGAAUAAGCCAGACCUGUGUUUGUAGGGAGGUCGCUCCGAUCGAUCAAACACGUUUCCCCAGUGACCGCGAUAUCCGUAUGAGUGGCUGACUGCGAGUCAAUAUGCGUUGUACACCUUUCGAGCUCGUCUGCAACGCGUGCCCUUGUAGCCAAGAGUUUAUUCGCGUCAACGAUUGUAAAGUAUCAGUUGGAUGGCAUUGACCCAAAUUAGCGUCUUCGUUAACGGCGUUACACAAUGAGGUGUUGGAUGGUCACAAGGAUGAGGUUCUUAUCAGUGAGGUUGAACAAAACAACCCUAAUCAAGAUUGGGAUCACUAUUGGGAUCACUCGGGAA